AUGAGCGAGACGUGGAAGCAGCCCCUGUCCUACCUUGGCGUGGCCGCCCUCUCCGCCGGCGCUGCCGUGGCCGGCUACCGAUACUUGACCGGCUACCGAUACACCACCGUCGUCCCGCCCCCUGCCGCUGCUGCUGCCGUCGUGCCCGCCGUCGUUGAUGAAUCGACCAACGCUGACGAGAUCGAGCUGGCCUUCAAGGCCGUGCAGAACCACAUCUGCCAGUUCCUCGAAGACGAGAGCGGACAGCGCUACAAGGAGGACACGUGGAGCUACGACAAGGGCUCCGGUGGCGGCAUCUCGCGGGUGUGGGAGGCCCUGAGCGACGACGAGCGCCACCUGCUCCUCGAGAAGGGCGGGGUCAACUUCUCGGGCAUCCACGGCGCUGCCAUGCCCGACAGCGCCGCUACGCAGUUCAAGAUUCCGCCCAACACGGCCUUCAGGGCCACGGGGGUGAGCCUGGUCAUACAUCCGCGUACGCCCCACGUCCCCACCAUCCAUGCCAACAUCCGCUACUUCGAGUGUGGGCCGCGGUGGUGGUUCGGGGGCGGCGUCGACGUGACCCCCUACUACGUUAAUCGAGAGCGCGUGGUCGAGUUUCACAAGUUGCUACGCGCGCUGUGCGAGGAGUGGGGCUACAGCUACGAGGCCUUCAAGAAGCAGUGUGAUGCCUACUUCCUCAACACGCACAGGAAGGAGGCGCGAGGCGUGGGCGGCCUCUUCUUCGACCACCUCACCACCAGCGACGCGCUGCCCAAGAGCAAGAAGGAGAUCUGCGACUUCCUGGUGGCGCUGGGCAUGCUCUUCCCGCAGCUCUACGGCCCCUUCAUCCACGAGGGCAAGGACAAGGAGGUGACGCCCGAGCAGCGCGAGUUCCAGCUCUACCGCCGCUCGCGCUACGUCGAGUUCAACCUCCUCCACGACCGAGGCACCAAGUUCGGCCUCCAGUCCGAGGGCCGCGUCGAGUCGAUCCUCAUGUCCAUGCCGCCGCUGGCCCGAUGGAAGUACAACUGGCACCCGGAGGAAGGCACGCCAGAGGCCGAGCUCUAUGACAUCAUCACCCCCAAGGACUGGGCCUCCAUGUAG